AUGAAGUCCGCAGUCAUCGUCGCAGUCUUCAUUGGCCUCGUCGGCCUUGCUGCGGCAAACCCUCACGCCUUUCUUCUUGCCGCCUUGGGCCAGCAAACCAGCCCCGUCGGCGUCGAUACUCUCUGCGAUGACUUGAUGCCAGCCAUGCUUGGCAACCUGACCAAUGUCUGCCAAGGUGCCGACCUCAAGCCUGCAUAUGACGCCUAUGCAUCCACCUGCUCUGAGAUUGGCAUCAAAGUCGCCAAUUUAACUUUGCCCUCGAACGUUAGUGCCGUGCCUACUUCAGCUCUGGGGUCUUCUGCCAGCAAUAGCCCCGACGCGACUUUGGCGCCAUCGUCCCCAACCACCAUCGGCGAUGACCCUCAGCAGUCGAGGCCCAGCGCAGCAGGCGCCAUUGCUCCUCACACCUUUCUUUUCCCUGUCCUCGGCCUCUCCGUAACUGGCCUUGUCAGUGUGGUUUUCUUGUGA